UGAAAUUAUGUUGUCUGUUAUUUAUCGUCCCGCGUUAUUGUAAUGUUAAUAUUUAUCUUAAUGAAAACAAAUAUUGUUUGUUUUUUGUUAUUACAAUUACUGUAAUUUUUGACAUAGAAAUUCUUUCAUUUAUAACUAUUUUGUAAAGUGUAUAUAAAAGCUCACUGAAAAAUGAGUCACUUUGAAUUUGCUAUACCACUGCAAAAAGAUGAGUUAUUGGAGUCCCAUGCAGGACAAUAUCACGUCGAAGAUGUGGUUCAACCACGUCUUCUCUUAUCCAAACUUCAAGAUGCUGCUCGUGCUUACAACUCUGAUGGUGUGGAGUACAUAUUGGAACACUUUGAUACCUACUUUUCUAUAAUAGUUCAUGGCAAUAAACUGGAAUGGAACAUCAUUAAUAAAGGUUUUGACCAUGUUGUUCGAGCUGCAAAAAACCUUUGCAACCACCUUGAAGCCAUAUUUCAGGACCAAGAAAUUGAUAAUGAUGUUCGUGUCAAGAACCUUAACAUACUCAAAAUGUCCAUGUAUCUUUUUACACAAUUAAUGAAGACAAAAGACGCAAAGUUAGCUGCCGAUAACUCAACAAAAUUAACAUUAGGUAAGAAAGGCAAAAAGGCAACAGAUGAUGAUGAGUUUUGUGGGUGGACUGAAUCAGAUAAGCAGGCUGCUCUUGUUGCUUUACAUUUAGUACUUCAGCAACCAUUGUCUCGCUUAUGGGACCCACCACUCGCUGAAGACAACUUUGUCUCAAUGGUAGCAGACCCCUGUUACAAUGCUCUAGAGGAACAAAUAAUAAAAAAUAAAGUAAUCAGAGAAACAGUGUUUCAAGUCCUAGGUGUCUUAAUUAAAAAAUACAAUCAUGGAACAUCCUGCCUGAUAAAACUAGUGCAGAUUCUUCAAAUGGUGGAGCAUGCUGUGUCUCCAAUAUGUGCAGGAGUAGUACAAUUGACCAAAGAAUUUGGUCUCGGUACUUUUGGACCACAAAUGGUUCGAGAAAUUGCUGAAGCAUUAGCAUCAACUGAUGAAGAAAAUGCAGGUGGUGGCACGGAGCAAGGUGCUGCAAAGAACUGUGGCGCAUUUCUGUUGGAACUCACAAAAGAGCUUCCCAAAGAAAUGACUGGUGCAAUUGCUACUAUUCAACCAUACUUGGAAAGUGAUGAGUCCUACACUCUCCGCAUCAGUGUGCUGGGCAUGAUGUGCGAGGUUCUAAGCGUUGAGCUCAGCGGCGAGGGAUUAACUGACGAGCAACGCUGCCAACGGGACGACUUCCUUGAUGACCUCUAUGAACACUUGCACGAUCUCUCCGCUUACGUCAGACACAAGGUGCUACAAUUCUGGUGUCGUCUGCAGCGUGAAAACUGCGUACCGGUGAGCAGGCAACGUACCGUGCUUGAGCGCGCCAUCGGCCGUUUACGGGACAAAGCCGCGCUCGUUAGAAAAGCCGCUAUUCAACUUCUCAAAGUUUUCUUAGAAUGUAACCCCUUUUCGGCACAAUUGAAAUUGGAAAUGCUAGAAGAACAACUACAAACUGAAGAGAAAAUAUUGGAGGCACUCCAGAAAAAGCUCAAUCCAGGGCCGGACCCAGAACUAGUAAAGAAAUGGGACAAAAUAGAAAAGGAUGUGGUUAAGACCAUAAAAGAAAAGAUGGAUAUUUUGACCCAAGAUGAGCCAGAGCUUUCACAGGCGUCAGUGCAUAACUUAUAUGAAGCAAUACGGAAACAUCUGCGUGAUAAGGAUUAUUACAAAGCCUACCUUAUUGUGAAACAUACUGAGCGACAAUAUCCAGAUGCAAAACUUUUGAGAUGCGACAUGGAGAAAAGUGAUCAGGUAGACUACUUCGUUGCUUUGUUAAGAAAUAUCUUCAUUAUUCCGGAUCGAAGAAAUUCGAUUUCUCAAACACAGCAGUGUGAGAAUGAAAUAGCGUUAUACAAGAGAUUUGAAGAGAAGGAGAACAUAGUAGCAUUCCUUCAGGAGUCAGUACACUUCAGUCGCAUGGUGUCUGAAGCCGUACCUCUAAUAAAUUCACUACUGAUGUCGAAACAGGCCGGCGACGUCAGUGAGGCGAUAGACUUCUUCACUACAGCUCAUCAUUUCAACAUAGAAUCGGCUAAAACUGGAGUUGUUAAUAUGUUAAUGCUUGUAUGGUCGCCAGAUCAGGACAAGCGCGAGGCGGUGGAGCGCGCGUACCGCAGCAUGUACGUGGAAGACGAGGCGCGCGCGGAACGUGCACGAGCCUUCGCGGCCGCGCGACGAUUGGCCGCCCUCGUUACCAGGAUCGACGCUGGCGCCGCACUCGCUCUCGCUCACCUUGUUGACCUGUGGCUAGAGCGAGGUGAUAUCUCACCCGCCGUUAUACAGGUAUUCUGGGAAAUGUUUCUUAAAAAAAUUGAUGGAACCACUGACAUGGAAAGUUACGCGGCGCUGUCGCUUCUCGUGAUGAUUGCUAAAGCUAAACCGUCAGUUGCGCUUGCAAACCUGGAAGUUAUACAAUCACACGGCCUCACCGCCGAGUAUGAUUAUAGAAACUUAAGUGUGCAACUACUUUUGUCCCUGGCAAAGAAGAAUCAGCGUUAUCCCGCAGAUCAUUCUAUAUUUACUUCCGUAUACGACAGCCUGCUCGAAACGUACUCAAGAAUGAAUAAGUUCAUGUCAUUUGCAGCUAAUUCAAUAGAUUUGUUUUAUACUGUUUGUGAUACGCCAGAUGUUAUAUGUGCAAAGUUAUUAGCAGAAAUGUACAGGAAAAUAGAAGAAACAAUGGUCAAAGAUAUGGAUAAUGAAGAAGAGGCCAGUUUACCCACAGAGUUACUGAUACGGUUCGUGUUUGUUUUGGGUCAAGUGGCACUACAGCAGUUGAUAUAUCUUGACAUAAGCGUGUACAGCGAACUCAGAAGACGAAAUCAGGUGCGAGAGGAACGAAAAAUAGAAGAAAAGAAGAAAAAGAAGGCGGGUACAUUUGCAACCCCAGCCAGGCGCGGGCGGGUCGAUGACCUGCGACGUCAGACGUUGAUGAACGUCAGCGGUGCCAGCGCUUCGUCGCGAGGGCAGCGGGCUGCCAGUGUCGCCUCCAACAAGGGACCCUCCACUAACACUACUAUGACUGAAGAGGAUACGGGGUUAGAAGGGGCAGUAGCUGAUGACGCAGACGCAGAAUAUGUUCGCAACGUGUGCGAGCGAGACAUUGUGGGUACUGGUACAACACUGUCUCGCUACUUACCGCUGCUUCGUUGGCUGCUUGCUAACCCCGCACGCUGUACACCGGCGCUUCAAGCUGCAGCCGCGCUAACAUUCACUAGGUUCAUGUUAGUCUCGAAUUCAGUGUGUGAAGAAGGAUUGCAGCUGAUGGUUACUGUAUUGAAGAGAUCAAAGAACGCGUCUCUCAGGACCAACCUGACCAUAGCAUUUGCAGAUCUUACUUUAAGGUUUCCCAAUCUGACACAACCUUGGACACAUCAUAUUUAUCAUAUUUUAAGUGACGAAGAGCUAGAAGUGAGGCAGUGUGCCGUUAAAAUGCUGUCAUUCCUCGUGCUUCAUGAGAUGGUACGUGUAAAAGGUCAAAUCGCAGAUAUGGCACUGUGUUGCGCCGACAAAGACCCGCGUGUUGCAAACAUGACACGUUUAUUUUUCAAACAACUCUCCCAAAAGGGUAACGCUUUAUACAACGUGAUGCCUGACAUCAUAUCAAGGUUGAGCGAUCCAGAAUUGAAUGUACCCGAGGAACAAUACCGGGUGAUUAUGAAGUACAUAACGUCUCUAAUUCAGAAAGAUCGCCAAAUGGAGGCUUUAGUGGAAAAAUUAUGUCAGCGUUUCAAAUUGUCUACUGAAGAACGACAAUGGCGAGAUCUGGCUUAUUGCCUCUCCUUGUUCAACUACAACGAGCGAUCGCUCCGCAAACUCAUAGAGAACUUGGAUUGUUAUAAAGACAAACUACACUGUAAUGGAGUCAUGGAAUGUUUUACAACACUCAUGAAUAAUACGUCUAAAAUGGCACGAAAUGACAUAAAGACAUUGGUAACGGAACUGAGUGAUAAAAUCGAGGAGUGCUUCGCUGUUCGCGAUGGGGAAGAAGGAGAGAUGGACUCGGGGGCGGGGGUGGGGCCGGGCGCCCCCCGCGCCACCCCGCGCCGCCGCCCCGCGCCGCGCCGCGCUCGUCGCAGAUCUUCCAGCAGCCCAGACGAGAAUGAACCACCAAACAAUGAUGCAACACCUCAGUCAGUCAGAAAAUCAAGCAGAAAACCCACAAGAACUAAAAAGGCUGUAUCAUAUGAGAGUGAUGAAUCAGAUGACGAGCCACAAAAACAAGAAGAUGACGUAUUUAAAAAACCUACCAAAAAAGCAACACGACGACGAAAAUUAUAGAAAGUAUCAAUAUUAUUGUUACGUGUAAUGAGAUAAUUGAGAAAAAUCUAAAUGAUUAAAUAAUUUAACAUUGUCAGUAUUUUUUUUAAUAAGAAUUUAUAAUUAAUGCUUUGAAAACCACUAAGCUACU